AUGUCACACACUUUCAAAUGUCUCUGGCGCUAUCUAAUUGUACCACCGUUGAUCAAACACGCGAAACAACUUGAACAACCCAACAAGGAAAUUGAUUAUAAUGCUGCUGGUUACGAAUUCUUUCAUCGUCUUUUUGCUGAAUUUAUGGGUACGCUCCUUCUAGUUGUCGGCCAUGGUAGUAAUCGCCUCGAAGGAAAACGCGGCCUGAUUCCAGAGGCUGCUGGCGCCUUUAGCAACGGUCUCGUCAAUGUAUUUCUCAUCUAUUCACUUGCUGGUAUUAGCGGAGCACACUUUAAUCCAGUCGUCACAUUGGCAUUCACCUGUCGUCUCGUUUUUCCAUUUUUGUGGGUACCGUUUUACUUCUUGGCACAAUUCUGUGGCUCACUUAUUGCAGGACUUCUAUUGAAGGGACUUUUUGGAGAUGAAUAUGCCUUGUUGGCGACGAAUACUAUUGAUCCAACUAAUGUUACUGUGCUCGGCGGGUUUGGAUGGGAAAUCUUUCUCACAUUCUGUCUUCUCUUCGUCAUUCUACAGACGGCCACAAAAGCACAACUUAUCGGCAGUGAAGCUGCGCUGGCCGUGGGUGCUGUUAUUGCAUUUGACUGUCUUGUUGGUGGAUCAACGUCAACUGCAUCGAUGAACCCCUUCAGAACACUAGGACCAGCUUUGAUCAAUUCAAGUACAGACAAUAAUGCGAGUCUGUGGAUCUAUAUUGUUGGGCCUUUAAUAGGUGCACUGAUUGCUGUACUAGUAGUCAGUCUCUUACAAGGUUUUACACCAAAGACAAAGGAGGAACUGAUGGGAGCACAUGGCGAAGAACAUAAUAAAAGUAACAAUCAGGGUUAG